UUCUGUAUUUUCCGCCAACGUCGAUCUCAGUUCAGAUCGGCUCCAUUCCCAGACCUGCAAACCUCGCAGACGGAGCAAUUAAAGCAAAUUUUUGGAGCCUUCUGUUUGUCUUAUUUCCGCUGCCUAAUUUGAGAUUUGUCUACAUUGUUGGUGCUUAUUUCAAUGGGAGAAACGAAAGAAGAUCAGAGUUCCAAUUCCAAGAUCAACGAGGUCCAAAAAAUUGAGGUUUCCGUCCGAAGUUCAGACGGUGUUUCUUUUGGGGGUCCGAAACUCAAUGGUACCAACUUUCGAACGUGGAAGAAGAUUAUGUCUGUCCAGCUUCGUGGCAUUCACAAGAUGGGGCAUGUGACUGGAACAACCAAAGCUCCUAGUGAAGAGGAUGUGGAUGGCUAUACUAAGUGGGAGGAUGAUGAUGGAUCUGUGAUGGCGAUCUUAUUCAAAGCUAUGACUGAAGAUGUGCUACAGUUGGUAGAAGGGUGUGAGACUGCGGAAGCAAUAUGGAAGACAUUAGGGGAUCUGUAUACAAAUGAGUCUGAUUUUAUACAGGUUCAUGAAUUGAUGUGCAAAGCUGCUAAUAUGCAACAGAAUGGGCAACAAGUAGCUGUGUAUUUCACCAAGCUAAAGAAUGUAUGGGCUGAAAUUGAUCAAAAGCGUCCUUGCAAGAUCAAGAAUCAGGAAGAUCUUGUGUGGUACCAGAAGGAAAAAGAACUUGAAAGAGUGCAUGUAUUCUUGAGAGGGCUUGAUGAUAAGCAUAGCAAUGCCAAAGGAGAAUUGCUCAGAAUGACAGACCCUCCUAGCCUAAACACAGCUUUUACAUACAUCCGCAAGGAUGAAUCUCAACAGGACAGUAUCAAACAUGCACAGGUUGAAGUGUCUAGCCUAGCCAUUCAAGCAAAAUCACCAGCACCAUUUCUCCAACAACAGAGAUCAAUCCCACUUUAUCAGCAAGGACCUCCACCAGGCUUUCCUAAUCGCCCUCGUCCACAAUGCGCUUAUUGCAAUGAGGUUGGGCAUGUUCGAGAGACUUGCUGGAAACUGAACCCGCACCUCAAACCUAAAAAGCAAGGUUAUCAUCCUAAGGCAAAAGCAGCUGCUGUUCAAUUGGUCCAAGAACCAGAUUUCUAUGGAGUGGCUGGACAGGAUCAUCAUGCAGCAGGUGGGGCUACUCCUACAGCCUCUAUAGCUGGUCGGGGAUCUUCUCACCAGGGAGUUAAUCGGUCGGGGGUAUCUGAGGGGCAGCUUGUAGCCCCCUAUUGCCCUAUAUCUUCUCUAUUUGUCACCUCGGCAAAAACCCCUUCCCACCAGUUGACCUAG